AUGGCAGAGUCAAUCGAUGACUUAUUUGAUUGUUUUGAAGAUGCGGACGAAGAAGAAAAUGCAGCAAAAGGGGAGGAUUCCUCGGAACAGGAGCAGGUAACUGAGAGGGUUUCGGAGGUUUGCAUUAAGGGUGACAAGCGAAAGAACGAGGGUGACGAAGAAUUCGUUGCUAAACGUAGCAAAGCCGACGAUGUAGACGUAGCGUGUAUUAACUUCGAGGAGUUAAAAAACCGUAUAGUCGUGCACAGUAUAGACACACUUGAUUCUUGUACACACGAAGUAGCUUGUCCACCGGGUUAUAAUUAUGCUCCACUGCAACCACCUAGGGGUGACCCUGUUAAAAAGUACCCAUUUGCAUUGGAUCCCUUUCAGAAAGAAUCCAUAUUGUGUGUUGACAACAAUCAAUCUGUCUUGGUGUCUGCUCAUACAUCUGCAGGAAAAACAGUAAUAGCAGAAUAUGCAGUAGCAACAUCUUUAAAAAACAAGCAGAGAGUUAUAUACACAACGCCGAUAAAGGCGUUGUCAAAUCAGAAAUAUAGAGAGUUUCUCGAUGAAUUUAAAGAUGUUGGUCUAGUUACUGGGGACGUAACAAUAAAUCCAAGUGCAUCGUGUCUCAUUAUGACGACAGAGAUCUUGCGUAAUAUGUUGUACAGAGGUUCGGAAAUAAUGAGGGAAGUGGGGUGGGUAAUUUUCGACGAGAUUCAUUACAUGCGUGACAAAGAACGAGGGGUGGUUUGGGAGGAAACUUUAAUUCUACUUCCUCACAAUGUACAUUUCGUUUUCCUGUCCGCUACCAUACCGAACGCUAGGCAAUUUGCCGAAUGGGUGGCGCAUCUGCAUCACCAACCGUGUCAUGUCGUGUACACGGAUUAUCGGCCCACACCUUUGCAGCAUUUUAUUUAUCCGGCAGGCGGGAGCGGGAUUCAUAUGGUUGUAGAUGAAUCGGGUACGUUUAAAGACGACAGUUUCAACGCCGCAAUGGCCGUGUUGCAAAAUUCUGGAGAUGCCGCCAAGGGCGACCAGAAGGGUAGGCGCGGGGGUAUGGCCAAUAAAGAUCCCACGCAGACAGAUAUUUUUAAAGUUGUGAAAAUGGUCAUGGAAAGGAACUUUGCUCCUGUGAUCGUUUUCAGCUUUAGUAAAAAAGAUUGCGAAGUUUAUGCUAUGCAAAUGACGAAAUUGGAUUUUAACACAACUGCCGAAAAACAGUUGGUCGACGAGGUUUUCAACAACGCCAUGGACGUUUUGUCGGACGACGACAGACACUUGCCUCAGGUCGAAAACUUGUUGCCUCUCCUCAGGCGAGGUAUAGGUAUACAUCACGGAGGUUUGUUGCCGAUAUUGAAGGAAACUAUCGAAAUACUUUUCGGUGAGGGGCUUAUUAAAGCCUUGUUUGCAACAGAAACCUUCGCGAUGGGUCUGAAUAUGCCGGCGAGAACGGUUCUGUUCACCGGUAUGAGGAAGUUUGACGGACAGGAGUAUCGAUGGAUCACCUCUGGAGAGUAUAUCCAAAUGUCGGGUAGGGCGGGUAGGAGGGGUAUCGACGACAGGGGUAUAGUUAUCUUGAUGGUAGACGAGAAGGUCCCGCCCGCUGCGGGACGGAACAUAGUUAAAGGUUUACCGGAUCCGAUCAAUUCGGCGUUUCAUUUAACCUACAAUAUGGUCCUUAAUUUGCUGCGGGUGGAAGAGAUAAACCCGGAAUACAUGUUAGAAAGGUCUUUCUAUCAGUUCCAGAAUCAAACCGCUAUACCCGGACUUUACGAAGAUUUUCAGCAGAAACUAGAAAAGUUCAACUCGUUUGAUGUUAAAUGCGAGGAUCAAAUAGCCCCUUACUACAACAUCAGACAAGAACUGGACUCAUUGGGAGUCCAGUUUAGAACAUAUUUAACCAAAUCCGAGUACCUUAUUCCCUUUCUACAACCCGGUAGAUUACUGAAAAUCAAAACGCAGGACGCUGAAUACGACUGGGGGGCAGUGGUGAACUUCAAAAAAGUCCAAGAGAUCCUACCUGGGAGGAAAGGCAGACAGGGACAAUCCAAGGCAGUGACAAAAGUUCAGGUGGACCUUUUAUUACACGUCAUAUCCGAGAAUGAUGCAGAGGACGGUAUUCCUAAGCCCUGUCUGGAUGACCAGAAAGGAGAAGUUGAAAUCGUCAGCGUCGACUCGUCCCUCAUCACGCACGUUUCCUCAGUCAGACUGUACUGUCCGAACGACCUGAGGUCCAAAGACAGUAGAAAGGGCAUGUACAAAGCGGUAAAAGAGGUCAAGAAACGUUUCCCGGAGGGUCCGCCGCUGCUAAAUCCCGUCGACGACAUGAAAAUAACGAACCCGGAAUUCCUCGAUAUCGUGAAGAAGAUUGAAAUUUUGGAAAAGAAGAUGUACGAACACCCGAUGCACAAAAACGCCCUUUUGGAAACCGAAUAUACUAAAUACGAGGAGAAAGUCGUAUGCAAGGAAGAACUGAGGGUGGCGAGACAGAAAUUAUUGGAAGCGAAAUCCGUCCUUCAGCUGGACGAGUUGAGGUGCAGGAAGAGGAUACUGAGGAGGCUGGGGUAUUGUACGAGCACCGACGUUAUACAGCUCAAGGGCAGGGUGGCUUGCGAACUGAGCAGCGCCGACGAACUGCUGAUCACGGAGAUGAUAUUUAAUGGGGUGUUUGGCAAUUUGACGCCUCCACAAGCGUGCUCCUUACUGAGUUGUUUCGUGUGCGACGAGAAGGGCCAGGAAACGCCAAAGUUGUCCGAAGAGCUGUCGGGGCCCUUGAGGCAGAUGCAGGACUUGGCGAGAAGGAUAGCCAAGGUGAGCACCGAGGCUCGCCUGCCGCUAGAAGAAGACGCCUACGUCGAAAGGUUUAAGCCGUUCUUGAUGGACGUAGUAUUUAGUUGGUGUAACGGUAGUUCAUUCAAAGACCUCUGUGGCAUGACGGACAUAUUCGAGGGUUCGAUAGUUCGGUGUAUGAGGCGGCUGGAGGAGCUGCUGCGUCAGAUGGUGCAGGCCUCGAAAACUAUCGGGAAUACCGAGUUAGAGGAUAAAUUUAAUAACGCCAUCAAAAUGAUUAAGAGGGACAUUGUCUUCUCGUCUAGUCUUUAUUUGUAAAUUUUUCACAUACUAGUUAAGGGAUAGAUUUCUUGAAAUUUAUAUUUCGAUUUUAAAUGUAACAUAUUAUUGUUUAAGGAAAGAACCUAUUGAUCCUCACACCUUUCAGUUCAAUAAAGCAAAAUUGUUUUGUAUCGUU